AUGCUCAGGGGAUUCUGGAUGACUGUAUAUGGAGGUGUUUUAAAAAGCAAUCAUUUUCACACAGCACGGGGCACUCUCUGCAAGGUGGAAAUAAAAGAUUUUGUCAGAGUGUCAGCUUCAAUUCGGCAGAUAUUUCUCAUGUCUUGUACAGUUUGCCCUCCACCCACCCCCACUUCCACUAUUUUUCCAUCUCUGCUCUCCACUCCCCCUCACCAUUUUUAUUUCAUGUCCUUAGAUGCUAAAAAAAGAUUUUACAUUCAAACGCCUCGCUCCGGUCGCCUAUAUGAUGCACCAGGCUGA